AUGGUCACAUAUCUGCCCAUCUCAUCGCCCUUUAUCCGUUUCGCAAGUCGAUAUGUUGACGAGGCAUUUGGAGUUGCUGCCGGCUACAACUUCUUCAUCUUCGAAGCCGCUCUGGUGCCAUUUGAGGUGACGGCUUGUAACCUGAUCAUCAACUACUGGAGCGAUGCAGUCCCAGUUGCUGGGAUAAUCGUCAUCGUACUUGUGCUUUUCUCUCUUCUCAACAUCUUCGCGGUGAAAUGGUACGGCGAGGCCGAGUUCUGGCUUUCCAUGAGCAAGGUCUUGCUUAGUGUGGGCCUGAUCUUCUUCACCUUCAUCGCAAUGCUAGGUGGCAAUCCUCUGGGGGAUCGAUUCGGCUUCCGCUAUUGGAACAAUCCUGGAGCAUUCGCCGAGUACUACAAGACUGGAGACCUUGGGCGAUGGCUUGGGUUUCUUGCCUGUCUCAUACAGGCUAGUUUCACGAUCGCCGGCCCUGAUUAUAUAUCGAUGGCAGCCGGUGAAGCCGUGAACCCCCGCGGAGUCCUGCCUCGGGCCUACAAUGGCAUCUUCUAUCGGAUCACAGCAUUCUUCGUCCUCGGAGUGCUAUGUGUCGGUAUCCUGGUUCCCUACAACGACCCCGUCAUGGCUGCCGCAUUCGAACAAGACUUACCUGGUGCCGCUGCAUCACCGUAUGUGGUCGCAAUGGACCGACUGCAAAUCCCAGUCUUGCCACACAUCGUCAACGCCGUCGUCCUCCUUGCUGCGUUUAGUGCCGGAAACAGCUAUGUCUACUGCGCCAGCAGGAGUCUGUAUGGACUCGCUCUGGAUGGCAAGGCUCCGCGCAUCCUGACCACCUGUACUAAAGCGGGAGUACCAGUCUACUGUGUCUUCAUUGUGCUCCUCAUCGCGCUGCUAUCGUUCCUACAGGUUUCGAACGGGUCAGCAGUCGUGCUAAACUGGUUUGUCAAUCUAAGUCUAGGCCAGCCCUACGUGGCCUACAUUGCCCUGGUAUCGACCUUCGUGAUGACCUUCGUGGGCGGAUACACCGUCUUUUUACCUGGCAACUGGGACCUGCCGACAUUCUUCUUCUCAUACACCAUGAUCGGGGUGUUCCCGAUUCUUUAUAUCGGAUGGAAACUCUGGCACCGCACAAAGUUCCUGAGCCCGGAAGAGAUUGAUAUUUCGACUGGAGUUGAUGAAAUCGAACAGUAUACGAGAGAUUAUGUUGAAGUACCCUCCAGUAACGUGUUCACGAGAUUCAACGACUGGCUUUUUGGCUAG